AUGCGUGCCAUACGGAAUCUGAAUGGCUUUAGUUGCAGAUAUAGAAGCAGUGAGGGGGACUUCAUUUUCUAUUUAUCAUAUCUACAUAUUAUAAUAAUAUAUGUCAUGAUGGCUAUUUCAGAGUCAUUAUCGAGCCUCCCUCUUCAAGUGGCAGUGCAUUUGAACAUAUGCCUUGCUCCAUUUCUAUUCAUUGCCGAAAUUUGUUGUCUAGCAGUGAAGUAUUCAUACCUCUCAGUGACUUACAAAGUCAUUUUGGUUGCCGUACUUCUUGUUUACGUACUGGUUGAAGUUAUCCGUCUAUUUCUAGGAAUCGUCGGAAAUCUUGGAGAGAAGAUUCCUGCUCUCUCCGGUUUUUGGACACUGUCAAUGGUGCUACAACUGCCAAUCGUGCUGUUCCUUCUGCUCAACCCUGCAGCGAUCCCUGUUCCCUUCGAGAUCAUCAUGCUCAGUAUUCAUUUUCUAUUUCUUAUAGUUGAAGUGAGUCCUAUUUGA